AUGUAUCUCUCAAUGGCAAAGGCGGUUUGGGAUUACUUUUGUCGCAGAUAUUCCAUGAAACAAGAUAUGUCUUCUUGUUAUGAUUUAAAGAGAAAAAUCUUCAACACUAAGCAGGGAAGUCUUUCGGUCAAUGAUUAUUUUGGAGUUCUCAAUGGUUUUUGGAUUGAGUUGGAUCAACAUCAUAAUUUGAAGAUGGAGUUCGGCAAGGAUAUUUCCACCUUGAAUAUUGUUGUUGAGCGGGAUAAGAUCUUUGAUUUGUUAGCAGGCCUUAAUACUGAAUUUGACCCUAUUCAGGUGCAGAUUUUGGGUAAGGAAAAAUUUCCUGAUCUUAAUGAAGUUUUUUAUAUUGCUCGUAGUGAGGAGACUUGUCGUCAAGCUAUGCUUCAUGAACAUCCCCCGGAUGUGUCAGCAUUAGUAGCUAGAAAAACAACAAGACAAGGACCACCACCAUUAUCAUCCAAGAAUGGUCGUGAUAAAUUCUGUUGUGAGCAUUGCAACUGA